UCGCAUCUGUUUUGGAUACUUCGGUAUUUUUUUAAAACGGAUCUUGGAAUCUUAUUCUAUUGUUCAUGUAUAAGGUGAUUUCAGCAUAAGAAAGGACAUCAUGACAGGUAGAAUUUUGAAGGAAACGAAUUCAGCGUCAGGCAUUGAUAAGCAACCAGAAACACAAGCACGGACGAUGAAGGCAGAAACAGUACAAGUAAAAUGCUAUUGCUGCGAAUUGAUGGAGGAGGGGACAGUGUCGUACGUUGGUCGUGUACGAGAGAAAUACCAAGGUCGCUGGAUUUGCGGGCUCUGUGCAGAGGCAGUGAAGGACGAGAAACAGAGGUCGGAGAGAGACAUUACUACGGACGAAGCAAUGAAGAGUCACAAGAAGUUCCGGCAACAGUUCACAGCAACGAGCCCUCCCAACAAUCCCACCGAGGAUUUGAUUAAGGCGAUGAAGCAGCUGAUGUUGCGGAGUUUGGAAAGUCCUAGGAACGAAGGGAUGACGUGUCGGCCACUGGGCAGAUCUUCGAGCUGCUUCUCUACCAUGACAGGGAUGCAGAAACAGAGCGACCCCGGAGAAGGUCAUGGCAGAGUAAUUGAUAACGCUACCUGAUCAAUCACAAGCAGCUUAUUGGAAUCACAUUGGCUUUGGGGCUGUUGAACACAGCACC